UGAUAAAGUAUUAAAUUAAUGGUAUUAUUCAUUGUGGUAACACUUUGGAAACUCUCAAAAAGUUGGUCUGAUGGAGAAAUGUUGGCAGCUCGUCCACACGUCCACAGCUGAUUCCACUGAAGGCUGAUGUAGGAUAUUCAGAGUCCCUGAUUGGUCAAAGUUUGACCUGAUUUAGCUGUUGAAGUGUGGUCAUUGGGUUGACCUUGGAGAGCAAAAACACUUGUAAAGACGUUUUUAGGAUGACGUUCCAGGCCGCCCGCUGCUGUACCCUCUUCCUCCUCCUCCUCCUGUCCUGGGCCUGUGGUCAGACCUCAAACACAGACGGGGACAGGCCGUCCUGCCAACGCUGCGAUCUUCAGCUCUCCUGUAACUGCUCCCACAGUGGAUUCAGACACGUUCCCACGGUAACGGACCGAGCUCUGAGACUGGACCUGUCCUUCAACAACAUCACCACCAUCACUGAGGAUGACCUGACGGAUCACUCACGCCUGAUAGCGCUGGAUCUCCACGGGAACAGCCUGGCCUCCAUCCAUCCAUCAGCGUUCGGCUCCCUGUGGAGCCUGGAGGAGCUGGAUCUGUCGGACAACCAGCUGACGGUCCUCAACCACCGAUGGUUCAGCGAGCUGGGAGCUCUGCAGCAGCUCAACCUGCUCAACAACCCGUACAGGCGUCUGGGUUCUCCUCUGUUUGAUGGACUCGUCAGACUGAGGGUCCUGGAGUUUGGAGGUCCGGUUCUGGAGGAACUGAAGACGGCGGACCUGAGAGGGGUCACUCAGCUGGACCGACUCACUGUGCGUGCCAACAACCUGAUCAGCUAUGAGCCCGGUGCGUUAUCCUUCAUCUGGCCUCUGGGUCAGGUGACCUUAAGCCUUCGUGGACCACUACUAACCAACACGGCUUUGGCCUCGGCUGUGCUGGGGGACGUGUCCUACCCUGAAACUCCUCUCACUCUGGAGGACUUUCAUCUGAUUGGGAGCCAGUCGGCUCAGGCUUUCAGAAGCUCUGCACAGAAAAGGAUCAGACAGCUGACCUUCCGGAACUUUUCCACGUCCGAUGAAUCUAUCGUUGACAUGCUGGAGGUCAUCGAUGGAGUCCCGGUGACGAACCUUAUUCUGGAAGAUUUGACUCUGACAGGUGAAGGCAGGUGGGAAAACGCCAGCUGGACGGAUCACAGGAGCAUCGACGAGUUCCUACUCCGGAACGUCGUCAUCCUGGACGUCUUCCUGUUCACCUCUUUUAUUCAGCUAAAGUUUUUACUCACCUACCCCAGGAAGGUGUCUGUCAUAAAUUCCCAGGUGUACGUCAUGCCCUGUCUGACGUCCCAGCUGCUCGUGAACCUGCAGUACCUCGAUCUGUCCGACAACCUUCUGAGUGACAUGACUCUCACUGAAAGCCUGUGUGACCAAAAACCGACGCUGAUGGAGCUCCGAGUCUUGAACGUCAGUGGAAACCCUCUGAAGUCUCUGUCCACCAUCAGUCGACAGGUGACCAAACUCACCAAACUGACUCAUCUGGACAUCAGCAGAAGUGGCUUCAGCGCCAUGCCCUCCCACUGCUCGUGGCCCUUCACCCUCAGGUACCUCAACAUCUCCAGAGCGAAGCUGAGCAAAGUAACAGACUGCCUACCCACAACCCUGGAGGUUUUGGAUCUAAGCAACAACAACCUGAAGGACUUCAGAGUGAUCUUACCUUCGCUAAGAGAGCUCCAUCUUUCUGGUAACAAGUUCCUGAGGUUUCCUGAUGGACGACUCUUUCAAAAUCUGCAAAUGCUGGAAAUACAGUCCAACACCCUGAACUUGUUUGGUGGUUCGGACCUGCAGUUUUACAAACGACUGGAGAACCUCCAGGCGGGUCAGAACAAGUUCGUCUGCUCCUGUGACUUCGUCGGCUUCCUCCAGUUGCUCCUCAAAGGAGGCGGAGACGUUGUAUUGACGGAUAAAGAGGACAGCUACCGCUGUGACUCCCCUCUCUACCUGCAGGGGGAGUCUGUGAGCAGAGUCCACCUCUCCAUCAUUGUGUGUCACCAGGUGUUGUUUGUGUCCGUGAGUUGUGGCGUGGCGCUGCUCCUCGCCAGUCUGGUGUGCGUCCUGCUGUGGCGGCUUCACGUCUUCUGGUACCUGAAGAUGAUCUGGGCGUGGCUCAAGGCCAAGCGCAGCUCCCAGCAGCGACAGAGACGCAGAAAUGACGAAGGAUCGGAAGCUCUGAUCUCCUUUGACGCCUUCGUUUCCUACAGCGAGCGAGAUGCCAGCUGGGUGGAGAACUUCUUGGUACCGGAGUUGGAGGGGACGAAUGAUUCCAGUUCCCAGCAGCCUCUAACCCUUUGCCUUCACAAGCGGGACUUUCUACCUGGAAAGUGGAUCAUGGACAACAUCAUGAACUCCAUCGAGCGCAGUCGGCGGACCGUCUUCGUCCUGUCUGAAAACUUUGUCCAGUCCGACUGGUGCCGAUAUGAACUGGACUUCUCCCACUUCUGGCUGUUUGACGCCAGAGGAGACGCUGCCAUCCUGAUCUUGCUCGAGCCGCUGUCCAAAGACGACAUUCCCAAACGCUUCUACAAACUCCGCAGGCUCAUGAGCUCCAACACAUACCUGAAGUGGCCCGAGGAGGAGGAGAGAAGGGAGGAGUUCUGGAGGAGUCUUCGCUGUGCUUUGAGUGGAGACGAGUGAAAAAGCACCAUUGAUCUACGGUUUAACAUUUGAAGACCUUGUUGGCUCCUCGUGGAUUUGUCCUGGGACCCUGUCUCUUUUUAUGAAUGUGGAAUUUGAGUCAUUUUUUAAAUAAAAUUAAAAACUGAUGAUGCAGAAAUGUGUCUCUCCAAAACAAUCUGC